ACGUGUGAACGAAUAAGCGGAGCGCAGUUUAAAUAACUACAAGUUAAAGCGAAACGCGUACAUAAAUGUGGAACAGCAUGCAAACCAAAUUACAAAUAUAGACAAAUCGCAGAGAAUCAACGACAAGCAACAGUUGUGUGCUUACAAAAAAAAAAAAAAGAACGAGACGUAGGCACUACAUUUGCGCGGCAUUAAAAGGCAGCAGCAAUCAGAAGUAGAAGAAGAGUAACUUUAUCGAAAUAAAAUAAAAAGAGGCCAACAGCAGGCAACUAGCUCAAAAUGUGGAACCAAACGGCAACAGCAGCAACAAGUGAUAAUAACAAGGCAAAGGAAACGGUGGAGGAUUGUAGCUGUGCGGGUGGUAGCGUUGCCAGCACUGCCACAGCUGCCAGUGUUGAGCAGCAGCAAAAAGCGGCAAUUGAAGCUAACAGUAAACAGGCAAAAUUAGCAGCAACAACAACAACAACAGCAACAUUUGGCGGCAAAAGCAGCGAGCAACAGCAGCAGCAGCAACAACAACAACAACAACAAAGCAGCGACGCCGCCAUUAACAAGCACAAAGAAUUUGCAGCACAAAGCGAAACAAGUGAUUCUGGUUUCAUCUCCGGCCCGCAAUCAACUCAAAUCUUUAGCGAGGAACUAAGCGACGACGAAACGCAACAACAACAGCAGUCGGAGUCGCAGGACAAGGGCCAGGAGCAGCAGCAGCAGCAGCCGGACAAACAACAGGCGGUGCUCGAUUCGGGCAUCAUCGACGAGGUCGACGAGGAGGAGGAGGCGGAGGAGGAGGCUGUGGUGGCGGAGAAGACGACAAAUCAAACGGCUGUAGAAGCUGGCAUCGGGCAGCCGGCCGUCGAGCAAAUGCGCUUCAAACACAAUGUCGAUACGGGCAUACCCCAAUGGACCGUACAGUCGAGCCUCGCUAGCGGCGCCAGUGGCAUGAACAAUCUCAACAACAACAGCAACAGCUCCGCUGGACGAAGAAGCGCCCCACAAAACAGCUGUGCAACAACAACAUCAGCAACAAAUGCAGCUGGAAAUACUGCAAACUCAACUGCAACUGCCCCAUUAAGCAGCAGCAACAACAUCAACAUCAUGAACGCCUGGGAGCAAUUCUAUCAACAGAACGACGACGGCGACACACCACUGCACUUGGCCUGCAUAUCGGGCUACGUGGACGUGGUGGCCGCACUGAUACGCAUGGCACCACAUCCGUGCCUGCUGAACAUCCAGAACGAUGUGGCACAGACCCCACUGCAUCUGGCCGCACUCACGGCGCAGCCGACAAUUCUGCGCAUGCUUCUAUUGGCCGGCGCCGAGCCCACGGUACGUGAUCGUCAUGGCAACACGGCGCUGCACUUGUCCUGCAUUGCCGGUGAGAAGCAGUGCGUGCGCGCCCUCACAGAGAAGUUUGGCGCCUCGGAGAUACACGAGGCACAUCGCCAAUAUGGACAUCGUUCCAAUGACAAGGCUGUCAGUUCCCUGAGCUAUGCCCACCUGCCUGCCGAUCUGGAGAUACGCAACUAUGAUGGUGAACGCUGCGUGCAUUUGGCUGCUGGCGCUGGACACAUUGAUAUCUUGCGCAUUUUAGUAUCUCACGGCGCCGACAUAAAUGCCCGGGAGGGCAAAGGUGGACGCACACCGCUGCACAUUGCCAUUGAGUGCUGCAACGAGGAUUUGGCCAAUUUUCUGCUAGACGAAUGCGAGAAACUCAACCUGGAGACGGCCACAUAUGCCGGCCUAACGGCAUAUCAGGUUGCCAGCAUAUUGAAUAAAUCGCGCAUGCAGAACAUACUAGAGAAACGCGGCGCAGAGACAUUAACACCGCCCGAUAGUGAUUACGACAGUAGCGAUAUUGAAGAUCUAGACGAUACGAAGGUGUACGAUCGCUUCGGUGAUCCGCGUUACUUUGUCAGCUAUAACGGCGGCAAUCCCAUGACAGUUGCUUGAAAUUACAUCAACAAUUGUACAUAGAACAGCUCCAUAAUACACACUAUUAUUUAACAACGCUAUAAUUCCAAUAACAGCUGCUUAUCGGCAAAGAACUGUGCUGAUCCCGAAGCCCACAUUCGAUAUUUUGACACAACGUUCCACACGACGAUGAACAAAAAAAAAAAAAAA